AUAUUGAGAGAAAUUUCUGCUCUAGAUUAAAACUUCCUGCUUCUAACAGCAUUUAACAUUCGAAAAAGACAUACUGCUGCUGGAUCAAUAUGAACCGCUGCCUCCCCCAAUGUCUAAACGAAAGUUGUCUUUAAUUGAAGUAAGUCAAGGCAAAGUCUCCUUCUCCUGAUCGACGCUGAAUCGGUUUUACUCACUAGGAAAAUUGCUGAAUAAGGAUUGCUGUUUUGUUGAGAAUGCCAUCAUGUGUCCGAUUUCUGGCAAGGCGAAGAAUCAGAAAUUGCUAUCACAGUCCAUAUCUCCUUUUUACUAUACCACUGUUCUUCUGGAUUUUCUUUUGUCAGCAAAGGGCACCUGUUAUUACAGUUUUUGCUCAUAUUUCCAUCAGAGAGACAGAAAAUAUCUAUAAAUAUUCAUAUUCCAACAACUUUCCACGGAAGGGCUGCCCCCUUUCUUCCAAUUCUAGUUAUUUACAAAAUAAUAACUUAAAGGACAAUAGUGGCUAUGCUUUAAAUGGUGUUUUAUUCCCAUGUGCACCACCACUGAACAUUUCUAAUAUUCGAAAGAAGAAGCUGGCUUUUAUGUCUCUGCUUUAUCCUCUAGAACUGGAUGUUGUACAAGUGGUAAAAUCACAACUCGAGGGCAAGAAAAUCGUCAACGAACCCAUCAAUAGACAUGAUUUUAACUAUAUUCACAAAGGACAAAAUAUAUGCACAGAAUCCAACAUCUUCUUCAUUUUAGUUGUAAAAUCUAGAGUCGAGAAUUUCUCAAACCGGCACGUCAUUAGGAAGACUUGGGGCAAUAUUAGCAAUUACGAAGCUGUCAAAAUUGUAUUUCUUCUUGGUUUUAACCAAAGUGUGCAAACAGAAGUCGAUAGCGAGGCUUUGAAAUAUGGAGAUGUUGUACAGGAAGAUUUUUUGGACAAUUACUCGAACAACACAUUAAAAACUAUUAUGGGGCUAAAUUGGGUUUCCCAACACUGUCCAAAUGCCAAGUUAAGCUUUUACGUAGAUGAUGAUGUUUUCCUUAUCGUAAAUAAUUUAAGAAAAUUCAGGAAGUCUCGGAACCAAGGUCCUGAUAUGAUGUUAGGUAAGCUUCUGUCUCAUUCUGUACCGUACCGGGACAAUACGUCUAAAUGGUUUGUGUCGUGGGAGGACUAUCCAUUUGACAAGUAUCCUAAGUAUCUUGCCGGGUACGCCUAUCUCAUGUCUGCAGAUCUUGUAAAGAAAUUUGCUCUAGCUGUACCUUACAUCCAACCUAUUUCAAUCGAUGACACCUAUCUUGGUAUUGUAGCAGAAAAACUGAAAAUUGUGCGUAAAAACCAGCCUGGUUUCAUCAUGAAGAAACCUGGACUAGUGUCAAACGAUGCUGUAACGAUGAAUUUUCGAAAUACGUUAGCGUAUCAUCAAAUAUCGUCUCCUGAGUCCAUGUUACAGACAUGGAUAGCAUAUUGUAAAGAAACUAAAUUCUGUUCACCGAAGCUUGAUUGACGGGAUGCUCGUGCAAUAUUAUCAGGAUAAAGUCUCCGUGUCCGGGAAGGAAAUACGCCUGAUCUUUGUUGGAUAAACUACUUGAAACUGAUUUGUUUGAUUAAACGCCACUCUUUUAUUCCAUGGCUCUGUACAAUAAUGCUGUAAAAGUAUUAUCAUAAUGUACAAAUAUACAAUAACGGACACAUGGAAAGCAAUAGGUAAAAUAAAGCAUUUUAAGCCCCUGAAGAAGUAAGUUUUUAAGCUGUGUUUGACAAUAUCAAUCGAUUUUGAUUGCUAUAAAUUAAUAAUAUACAGGGGCAGUUCAUUCCACAAUUUUGGUCCAAUGGUGCUAAAACUUCUAUUGCUGAAACUUUUCCUUAUAUUAAAUGAGACUAUAUGAAUAACAGUUUUCGGAACUUCGAGAAGUUUGAAUGUCAGAAUUUUGAAUGAUAUUGUAUAUCUAAUCGGUAUCAAAAUGGAGAUUUUGAACUGUCAAAUUUCCUCAAAUUUAACAUUAAUUUAGCACUCAUAUUUGGAAUUCUUUGUCUUUUAUUAAUUUUGCAUCGUGUUGUACAAAAUAAAAUAACAAUUGCAAUGGUCUAAA